AUGACCAUAGGGGUAUUUUCCUCCAGUGACCUCAUCGGAGACUGCUCAAAUUUCCACACCCUAGCCCGAAUAAGAUAUGGUUUGGAAAAGGAAAAAGCUAAAGUGCAAGAAAAUCUUGAGAAGUAUACAAAGGAGAAGUUGUUUGAGUUUUGUGAUCUACUUGACAUACCCAUUGUCAAAACCAGUGCAAAAAAGAAGCAGAAAAGUAAAAGUGCAGAGGGCUCUGAAGAAGAGGAAGAGGAAGAGGAUGAGGAGGAAAAUGAGAAAGUGAAUGGUGGCCCAGAGAAGUCUAAAAGUGAAGGUGAAUCUGGGGAAAGGGAAGAGGGCAGUAAAAAGCCAAGAACCUUGGGACCAGCUAUGGCUACAAAUAACUACAAAGGCAUAUGGAUCUACCUUACAACUCCCAUCCUUGGCUCACUAGUUGGUGCAGGUAUUUACACAGCAGUAAAACUGCCUAAGGAAGAUGAUGUAUAG